AUAUAUAUAUAGUAUAUAUAUGUAUAUAUAUAGUAAUCAUGCACCAACUCUAAAGUUAAAAAAAGAAAAAUGUCGAACCUCAUGUGGAAGAGCUUCAACAUCUGCUUCUCCAAGUUCAAGUGCUUUCCAACCAUAUCCCUCUCCCCCCAACCCGCCGCCGCCUCCGCCACCGCCGCCGAAGACCAAGAUCAGCAACUCCCCGCCGCCACCAAUCCCACACUUUUCAAGAAUUUCAACUCUUUAUACGACGCCAACUACUCCGACGACUUCUCAACCUCCAAAUCCGGCCCCUUCUCCCCCUCCUCCACCGCCGCCGCCGCCGCCACCGAAGAUUUCUUUUCCUCCUCCACCGACUCCGACGGCGACUGCAUCCCGGAUUUCUCCACCGCCUUCGCCUCCCACCGCUUCUUCUUCUCCUCCCCCGGCAGCUCAAACUCCAUCGUCGAGCCGCUUGAACCGCCGCCGCCGCAGCCGCGGGAUCCCGACGCCGUCGUGGGCGGCGGCGUAGCCGUCCACACAGACUCACCGGACCCUUACUCCGAUUUCCGACAAUCCAUGGUUGAAAUGAUCGAAGCUCGCGACGCCACGGCGGAUUGGGAAUUCUUGAACGAGCUGCUCUCGUGUUAUCUAUCGUUAAACCCCGGCCACACCCACAAGUUCAUCGUCGGCGCUUUCGCCGACGUCGUCGUCUCGCUCGUUGCCGCGCCGCCGCCGCCGCCGCCAUCUGUCGACUGCUGCUGCGGGGAAACCCUCCUCCAACAACGAAGUGCCACGUCGGAUUUGCCUAUUUAAUUCUUUUUUUUUUCUUUUUUAAAAUGGAGUUUUGGUAAAUAAACUAUUUCGAAAUUUGUAUUUUAACAUGACUUUUGAAAUGUGACGAAUUAAAUUACCAUCUUUUUAAUUUUUAUAAUUUUGUGCUCUUAGUUAUUUUCGAUCGUCAGAUUGUUGAAUUAGAGCUUGCAUGGUUUAAUUCGUUACGUAAUAUUCAUGUAACGACGUUAUUUGUAUAAAAUUGUUGAGUAUUGGACAUUAUA